CCGCCCCCGGAAGUGCGGCUGUCUCUCCCCGUCAGCAGGGACCAGGGCGAUGGCGGCUGAGUCCUGUCGCGCUCCGCUCCGCUUCCUCCGCCCCGGCCGUUGAGGCGGGCUGCCGGGACGCACUAGAGAGGAGGAGGAGGAGCUGCAGCCGAGAAUGGCGGAGCUGACGGCAACCGGGGAGGGCCACACGCCCAGGGGCCGCACUCCCAGCCCGCUCCCGGGGCCGCCCAGCCCUCGCCCGCCUGUCGCCGCCGCCGCCGCCACGGAGCCCGCGCCAGGAGCAGGCCCAGGCGGGGGCUCCAAGUGGGUUCGGCUGAACGUGGGCGGCACGUACUUCGUGAGCACCCGGCAGACGUUGUGCCGCGAGCCCAAGUCCUUCCUCUGCCGCCUCUGCUGCCAGGAGGGGCCCGAGCUCGGCUCUGACAAGGAUGAAACGGGGGCAUAUCUCAUUGAUAGGGAUCCCACAUAUUUUGGUCCAAUUCUGAACUACCUCCGACAUGGAAAACUCAUAAUAAACAAAGAAUUGGCAGAAGAAGGUGUGCUAGAAGAAGCUGAGUUUUAUAACAUUGCAUCUCUCGUGAGGCUGGUGAAGGAACGAAUACGGGACAACGAAAGCAGAACUUCUCAAGGACCUGUCAAGCAUGUAUACAGAGUCCUGCAGUGCCAAGAGGAAGAGCUCACUCAGAUGGUGUCCACUAUGUCUGAUGGAUGGAAAUUUGAACAGCUAAUCAAUAUUGGAUCUUCCUAUAACUAUGGAAAUGAAGACCAAGCAGAAUUUCUCUGUGUUGUAUCCAGAGAGCUCAAUAACUCUACCAAUGGCAUAGUCAUAGAACCUAGUGAGAAGGCAAAGAUUCUUCAGGAACGAGGAUCACGGAUGUAAUCCUAACAUCUGCUUUAAAACUCCCAGAUGUCAAAAGGGCAACCUAGCUGGGCAGGGCAUUUCUCCUGCAGUCCAACCUUGCUUUUGUACAGUAAUCAAACUAACACAAAGCAAAGCUGAGCCUGUCCUGCCAACGGAGAAUCAGUCCUGAUAAAAACCAAAGGCUCAUCCCACCCAAGUUAUGGCAAGUGAAGAGGAAAGAAGAGAAGCUUCCAACUGGAUAGCCCCUUGCCCCACUGUUUCUUUUUCUUUCUGUCCUGACAAUACUGUGGCUUUUCACAUUUUUGUUUAUCAGGGGAGGGAGAGCUCUUUAGAGCCUUUUGUUGUGAGGGCUGCCCAGAUUCUUGGGCUCUUUAAGUUUAAUAAUAGAUAUUUCAUAUAGCAGUGUUGUUUUUAAUGGUUCUAAUGGGUUACGUUAGGAAAUUUGUUCCACCUAGAUUCAUCUAGAUUAGAUGGAAAUGGAAAGGAACAUCUAAACCAAGAAUAUCCCCUUCCUCUAAAACUUUUCCAUUUUUUGUUUUGGGUUUAAUACUGGCUGUAUAAUAGGGAACGUAAUCAUAUUCUGUGCACAUGGGGCCUUGGCUAAUUGAAGGGGCUUUCUCCUGAUAACACUAAGAAUACCAGCUAUAGGCAUUUCUAACAUUGUGGUGUGGUCAUCACUCUUCAUGCACCUUGCAAUGUGUGGUUACCCCCAAAGUUUUAGAUUCAGUGGUACUGUCUCAUUUUCUCAGCGUCAGAGGAAGGGAGGGUGGGACGUGUGUCCUCUUUCUACUGCCAGAGCCUGGAAACUAGUCCUUUGGCUUACUUUAAAGUUGCUCUUUGGUCUGAAGGAUUUGUGUUCUUGCCAAGUUCAGCUUUGCCUUGUCUUGUCUUCAACAGCAUGAAAUGAUCCCCUUGUUCUCUUGCUGUCCUGCACCAAAGCAGGUUUUCUUUUGUAUCCUAGUCAUUUUGGUAGGCUUUGACAACUCUUAUCCAAUACAUUCAUGGACAGAGACCCUUACUUACACAUGGUUAAUCUGUGCUUGCACCACCCACCCCUAAUUGUAUCACCUUUCCCAAAUAAUUAAGGGGCAUCACACAGGUUAUGGGGGGAGGGGGGUGAUGGAAGUUGCCAAACUGUUGUGAUGUUUCUUGUCCAAAGUGGUGUGUGAACUUCUGUAACUUUUCCCCCCUUUGGAAUGCCUUGAAUGGACGUGAAAAUGUUGUGCCUCUCUUGAAUUCUAAUCUUAGCCAAAUGGGACUCGCUGAUCUUGUCAGUGAAUUUGUGCCAUCCCUAAUCAGUGAAAUGUCCUCUCCUACUUGUUGGUAAAUGGAAUCCUUUAAGCAUUGGCUGCAUGAUACCUCCCUCCCACAUCCUGGCUUUGUUCUUUGUCAGUCAUCUUCGGCUUCUGGGCCUUUAAAUUAAGCCCCAAGCAUACUGAACCAAAGUUGAGAGAAACUGGAAUGCUUUGGUCUGUCUCCCUGGCAAUAAACAAAGCUCCCAUAUUAGACCUAUGAUCAGAGGAUCUCCUUGUUGCAAUUGAUGUGCUUGGGAUUUCCCAUUAAGAAAUUUCACAUUGUGUCUUUUUUGUGUAUUAUGCUAUAGAUUAAUGAGGCUUCCUAUUCCGUUUCUUCCAUAUCGACACCAGGGGUGAAAGUGAGGGCUGGGAACGACAAUGGGCAAAGUGUUAUAGUGGGCAUAUGGAACACAUUCACCAUGGGCAAAGCAAAGGAAGUUUGGCACCAAUUCCCCCUGUUUCUGCCUCCUCUACUAUCUUUCAAUGUUUCUGUGCAUAUAUCACAGCUUCCCCACCAGUUCUGACAACAUAACCUCCAGUGGUGUUUUGUUGGGUUAGGGUUGGAAUAGCAUAUGUCACAACAGACUGUACCCAAAGUCUUGAGGUCAGUUAACUGACUGUUGAAAUUCAGCUGGCUCCGUAGUAUGUUCAAUUAAACCAACGUUCUUGUCCUGCUCCGCCCUUCCUGUUUUAAUGUGUUGCUAUUGGCAUGGUUAGACUCUAUGUCUUGGCUGGAUUUAACUAACACUGUGAUGUGUACAUAAACUUCUUGAGUAUCUUGUACGUUCAGCUGUUGUCAGUGUAUAUGCACAACUGUGAAAUAACCAGGUGUGUGUGCGUGCUGUGAGGAAAUCUAAAAACCACCAAUCUAUAGCAUUCACAUAUGCUCUUGUGACCUCUCCUUCUAGGGGCAGAGGAGAGGGUGAGCUGCUGGUGGUAUGACCUAAGUGAAAGAAAACAGACUGACGAUGCCAAGAAUAGCUGCCAUUUCCAACAUGGCCUAACCCAACUCAUUCCCCACCUUGCUGGGCACGUAGCAGUGUUAGGUUGCUUGGAAGGAGACUUUACUGUGUAGCUUUAGUUAACGAACCAAAUACCUCAUUUCUUUAUUUUUGGUCACCAAAAACACCAUGCAUGGGGAAGCCCCAUUAGAGGAGUGCCUGAUGUCAGAAUAACAGACCGGAUAAUAUAUGUUUUCUUUUGCCCGUAUUGUGCCAUUGGGAACAGUUCCAUUUAAAACUAGGAAAAUCAGGGUGUCACUGAGCUGCAAUUGUGGCAGGGUUGGAGGCUGUUCUGGUAACAGCAAUGUAUGAAUUUAAUGGAGAAAGCCCAUGUUUCUGACUGGUAAAUGGGGCAAUCCUAUUGUAUAAACUCCACUUGCUGCUGUCAGCUAGUAAGAGGUUUUCAGUGGGUUUCGUCCAUCACUGGAACACAAUUGCCUUCUCCUUCCCAUCCCAUGUUAAAUACUCUCAAUUGAAGCGAUUAAGCUUGUUGAGACCCUGGAGUGGUGAGCUGUAUAGCUGGAGAUAGAAACAGUAUUAGAGAUUGGGAAAGCCAUUGGCUUUCCUGGUUUAAGGGCUUGAAAUCCAGCUGUGGACUUCUUUCCAUUCCAGCUCAUCUACCUGUGGUAGUCUCUUUCCCACCCUGAGAUGCAUCUUCAGGCCAAGUUAAUUUCAUAAACUGGCUUCCAUGUCUUGCAUCGGUUGUAUCUCUGCCUUUAUAGCAACAGGGCUUUUCCUUCCAUUUGCCUUGACUCAAUCAACACUUUUUCUCCUAAGUUAAAGCUGGAAAGAAAAAAAAAUUAAAAUGUCAGUUUCUCCUAUGGAAGACAGUCAAUGGAAAGAGACGCAAAUGGUAGGAUGGGUAUUCAUCUGAAUGAUUUGCAUCUCUUGAGGUUUUCUAUAAGUCAUUAGCUAGCCCCUGGGGACCAUUUUCCCAGUGGCCAAUUGUUCUGUUACAGCAAGGUUGGAGCUAACCUUCUCUUAAAAGUGUCUUUGUUUCUGAACAUUUUAAUCAAUUUUUCUCAGGGGUGACUGAGUGGUCCGAGGGGAGGGGGCUCCCAUAAGGGGGGAAGGCGGCUCCUCAGACCUCUGCAGCUGGGCCGUGGGCUCCUCACCCUCAGGUUUUGCCUGCAAACCUGGAGGUUUUGUACAGUUUGUCACAUGUCAGUGCCCUUUGCUACUGUUUCUCUUUGUUUAUUAAAUGUGUUUGAAUAAUAAUGAAGAUGCUGUGAUUUUUUUUCCAAUAAAGAUUCUGACAUGA